AGCCGUUAAAUAUUAACUGAUGACGAUUAGAAAGCGACUGUUGCCGCCGUGUUGUAUCGCAUCGGAAUCCCUUCUGCGGACGCCAUAUUGGUACCGAUACUCGUCGGCGCGCGGCGUUUCACUCUUUUACCGUGAUGGUUAUAUUUUUGUGGAGCUCCUUGACGAGGGAUCGGUUUACCUUACCGUACAGGUAUAUACCUAUCACAGUUAUCAUUUUGUUAGGAGGGGAACGAAGUUUGAAGCCGGAGGGUUAUAGUCAUGGUUACAGAGCACACACUAGGGUACCGUUGAUAAGAGAAUCAGAUCAUCCGUUCGACCGCAAUCCUGGCUGUAAUCAACUAACAUUUUUUUCACACGGUCACGUUGCAGCACGCAUAAAACAUUUUCUUCACUAUAUUAAGCGUCGAAAAAAUUUAUUUUUGUACUUAAAUACUUGAUAAAUA